AUGAAGGACUUUAAGAUUGACAGCGUCAUUCUCCCAGCACGUGGCAGCAACGUCCGUUGGGAUAUUGUGGUCAAGAAUGACGUGGUCCAAAGGAUAGAUGCAUCAUCGACUCGACAGGAGAAGGGCAGCCCAGAAGACCCUAUCACGAUGCUACUCCCAGCGCUGUGCCACCCGCAUGUACACCUCGACAAGCCUUAUAUACUGACCUGCAACCAUGGCCCAAAGGAUCAACACCCAGACUACUCCGACCUUGCGCCAGCCUCUGGUGCGUUUACAGAGGCCCUUGCAAAUACGGCCGAGGCCAAGAAACGAUACACGGAAGAGGACCUCUACUUGCGCGGCGCUCAAUUGCUGGCGACUAGUUAUAGGCAGGGUGUCACGGCCCUGCGAGCCUUUGUAGAGAUCGACCAUGUCACGGGCAACAAGGCGUUGAAGUCGGCCGUCAAGCUCAAGAAGGACUUUUCUCACCUGAUGGAGAUGCAAAUUUGUGCCUUUGCGCAAGAUCCAAUCUUCUCGACUGAAUUUGGACAAGAAAACCGAGUGUACAUGGAAUCUGCCCUGACAGAGUAUGCUGAUGCCAUUGAUGCCCUGGGAACGACACCAUAUGUUGAAAAGUCUCGGGAGGCUGCCGUGCGCAACAUUGAAUGGGCCAUACAUAUGACACUGGCAAACAAUCUACAUCUUGACUUUCAUCUCGACUACAACCUCGACGCCACUUCUAGCUCGUCUCCGCUAACUUACACGGUGGUUGACAUGCUGCAGCAGAAUCAAUGGGUUGACCGGGCAGAUGCGUCAAAGACGAUUGUCCUCGGUCACUGUACACAGCUGAGUAGUCUAGCGGCCUCGGAGCUCCAUGACAUGGCAAGAAGGAUCAGUGAGAGCAUGCUGCCGAUUUAUUUUGUUGGUCUCCCGACCAGUGAUCUAUUCAUGAUGGGCAGACCAGGACAGUCUGCCGAGGGCUCAAGCAGGCCGCACACAAGGCCCCGGGGAACGCUGCAGGUGCCCUCGCUGAUUCGUGAUUAUGGGUUGUCGGCCUGUCUGAGCGUUAACAAUGUCGGCAAUGCAUUUACGCCAUAUGGCACCGGAGAUCCGCUGCAGCUGGCGUCGCUCGGUGUUGGCAUAUAUCAGUCGGGCACGCCAGAGGAUGCGAAGAUACUCUAUUCAUGCGUGAGCUGGGGGGCUCGGAGGGCCAUCGGGCUCGAGAUUGGGGCUGCCGUGGAGGCCGGAGAUAUGGCGGAAGGCGAUCACUGGCGGCCAAUGCUGUUGGUCAAGAGUGAGGGAGAAAUGAGACUGCCAGACCAGGCCGGUGGCUGCAGUCUGGUAGUAAAGGCACGACCCAGGCUGGACUUCAAGGACGUCGUCUGGGACCCGCCCGACAUGCAGCUCCGUUCGAUCGUUGGGGUGACUGACCGAGAUGGUGAACGUAGUGGGUAG